UGAAUGCACCUUUAACUGGUAAUUUGCAACUACAUGGUAGUUUAAGAUCGCAUUCAGCAGGUGUAAAUGAGAUUGUGUUACAAAGUGAAGAGGUUAAAGAGAUUUAAAGAGAUCAAGCAGUUUAAGUACCUUUAAGUGAACUGUUUAGUUGUUAUAAUUGUGAUAAAGAAACUGAAAUAGCAAUAAAUCAUCCCGGAAUAUACUUAAGGGAGUAUUGGUUCAGAGAAUGAAUUGUUGUUAAAGAAAGUCGAGCAGCAAUAUAUUCUUGCCUAUGGAUACUAAGUCGCAAUGUGAAAGGAGGGUAUACGAUGUAAAAUACAUAAUGACACGAAUUAAAUGAAGUUAUAACUGCUAGUAGUAUACGAUUUGUUGAUACCGCAACACAAGAAGUAAUAUUCAUAUAAAAGGCGUGUUCUUUAAUAAGCAAACAAACUAUUGAUAGUCUAUUCCGUAUGAGUGAAGUGCAAAAUAUUUAGCUAACUGCAACAUUGGAACCACGUUGUUAAGAUAAUCAAACAAAAAUCGUAUUAUAUAAGGAUGCCGUCCAAAGGGCGCUACACGGCUGGGAAGCAGGUGUCGCGAUGGGAGGCCUCGGAUUCUGACAACAUCGACAUAGAAUACAAAAACCUCGAGGGUCAGACAGCGGACACGCCCUACCCCUCUUGCACGUGUCCGCUUGCAGAUAAGAAGGGGCUGGUGAUCAAGGCCUUGGUGUUGACUGUGGUGUUUGGUAUUGGGCUGGUGUUUGGUUUCCUCUUGCGCAAAAGUGUGGAGAAACAUGAUGUACUCCCUGCAGUGCCUAACGUCCCAAUGUACGGACUUAAGCAGGACUACGACCGUGCGUUCAGUCGGACGAUGCAAGAUGAUCUCAACGAGGUGAUCAACUAUGAGGAUCACAUGAAAAUCAUUACGGAAUUCGUCCACAUGUCCGGUCUUGGAUCCGCCAACAAACUCAUCGACUACGUUGAGGCAAAAUGGCGGACGUUUCCGUUUGAUUCCGUAAAAGUCAAGCGUUACAACGUCACGUUGUCAUAUCCCAAUUAUACCAAUAUCGAUGCCAACAUUGUCACCAUCCAGGCUUCGAAUGGCUCCCUGAUCUUUCAAAGUCAGUUCAACCGAUCAAGUGAACACCCCGAGUACCUCCCGUUCAGUGCCUAUUCACCAACAAAAAACGUUACAACGAAAAACAUCGUAUACGGGCAUUAUGCCAGGGCUCAAGAUUUGAAGAGGCUCAGAGAAAAGAAUGUUGCCAUUAAAGACGCAAUCCUUAUUGUUCGUUAUGGCAAAAUAACUCCAGCUAAAAAGGUUCAGAAUGCGGAGGCGGAAGGUGCCGCCGGGGUGAUCCUGUACUCGGACCCCGCGGACUACGCCAACAACCAGUCGGUCGUGUUUCCGGCUAGCUGGUGGCUUCCUGGUUGGGCGGUCCAGUUGUCUCAUGUCCGGUACCAGCUCUCGGGUGACCCAUCCACGCCGGAUUACUCAUCCAUCACGGGCGUUCAUCACCUCACGGAGCCUUCAUCACACUUUCCUAAAAUACCUGUUCAACCAAUCAGAUAUGACGAUGCGAGGAUUCUUCUGAGCAAUAUGAACGGAGAUAUUGUGGAUAACGACUGGUUUGGUGGCCUAAAUAUUACCUAUCGAUAUGGACCUGGUUAUGUCGACAACAGUGUCGUUACGUUAAACGUGGACAACAUGGUACAGGAGAGGAAUAUAACAAAUAUAAUUGGCGUCAUAAAGGGCAACUUUGAAGCAGACAAGUACGUUAUCAUCGGCGCCCAUAUCGACUCCUGGAUGCAGGGUGGGGUGGAUUCUGGCACCGGAUACACCAUCUUGCAGGAGCUGGCGCGCUGCUUCGCCUACCAUAUGAACAAAGGAUGGAAACCUCGGCGUUCCAUUAUGUUUGCCCUUUGGGACGCCGCCAAAUACGGAAAUAUUGGAUCGUACGAGUGGGCGCAGGAAUAUGAACAGGAGCUCAAGGGUGGAGCGGUUGCUUAUAUUAACUUGGAUGCUGCAAUACGAGGAGACUACAGCUUCAGCGGCGCCGCCGAUCCGCUGUUACGCUCCGUACUGAUCCAGGCCGCUCAAACCGUGCUCCUCAACUGCAGUGGCGAGACCUACUGCUCCCAAAGACGCACAGUCUAUCAACAAUGGCUACAGAGCUUUCCUGACCCCACCGAUUCCAGCUUGCCGAGGUUUGAACCGUUGGGUGAAGGAAGUGAUCACGCAUCCUUUUUGUACAGGCUUGGAGUUCCAGUGAUGUUUCCACGAUUUACAUACGAUACACGGAAAUAUCCGUCUCUGCUAAGCUAUCCUGCGUUUGGUGCUCUUGAGGACACGAAAACAUACGUGGAAACGCUAAUAGAUCCUGGCUAUGCGCUUCACAUCACUAUGUCCAAGGUGCUUUGUGACGUCAUAUUGCGGCUCGCUGAUUCCGCUGUCCUGCCGUACGAUUUGGACAGCUUUGCCAGCGCAUUGAAAAAAGGGAAUGCGUCUCUUAGUGAACUAGCCACUGUGGGAGAUAUAUUUUCUCCUCUGCGUGCAGAAUUGAAACGUUUAAUGGAUAAUACAUACGACGUAGUUGCUGAUAUCGUCAGUUUGGAUAAGACAAAUAUAAGUGAGUUUGACCUUUACAUUUGGAACAACAGACUUACCCAACUUAGCCGAGCGUUUCUGUCGGAGCCCGGACUUUCAUCGUCCGAACAUUACAUGAAUUUAUUACAUGGACCAGAUUCUACAGACGCCAAUGAUGACGUCAUAUUUCCUGGAGUCAUUGCGGCAUCGAGCUCAAACAACCCUUCGUUUUCAUCGUUAUAUCAAGAAAUGUCAAGACUUAUAUUAGCAUUGCGUCGAGCCAACAACAUUUUGACUGACGAAAUUAUUACUUGAUCUUCAGAGUACGGAUGUGCUUGGGUCUUAUUGUAUUGGCAAUGUUGAUAUGUCAGAUAAAAAUGAUCUCAGUAGCUCAUGGCAAAAUUCGGAAUGAACAAAUGACGAUUGUGUAGAUAUAUGGGCUAUACACUCAAGCUUAAGAUUUUUGGCCUUGUAUUUAGUCAGCAUGAAUAAUUAUCAGGCAUUUUAGAUUCCUUAAUAUCGUAAGACGUCUCCUAUUAUUUCAACUCUAUUAGUUUGUUUUAUGUAUAUUUCGAACAUGAUAUAGUAUGAUGCAAUUUAAGUCGACUUAUACAAUCAAUGGAAGCAUAAACAAGUGAUUAAAUCGUGUAAACAUAUCAACUUUAUCAUGAGGAGACCAUUGCAAAUGCUUGAAACAUCGAUAUCUAUACUUGGCAUGUGACUUAUCAAACAAACAGCCAUUGUUGGCAUGCAUCACAUGACAUGGCAGCCAUUGAAAUCCACGCAAUGCCUUUGCGUGCCACGAAUUGUUGUUACAUACCGCCUAAAGACUGAUAUGUCUUUGGACAGCAUCACAUGGCCUUUAUAAGUAUAUGAGACGGUACAAAGCCUAUUAUCUAACACACACAAAUGUAUCGAUGAGAGCAACUGCGUUUCCAGAAAGAGAAACGACCUAUGAUUGCAAUAAAAAGCCUGAGAAGUGAAAAACUAACGCUAUCACUUAUGUUUGGAAGCUAAGCAGAUGAAGAGCCAAGUAAAAUUGACAAAAGUAAGGAAUGACAAAACCUUAAAAUGGUAUGUCUUUAAUGUAAAGCAAGUUGUCGAUGCAUAUACAUGUAUACAACAAUUAUUAGUUUGAUUUAAAUUAUGAUGCAAAACAUGUGGUAGAUGGUUUAACUACGUUUGUUGUUUUUUAAAUUAUUUUUUAUGGUUUACAAAUGUCAAUCAACUUUGUAUCACUAGUUCACAACUGAAACCAGUUUUUAUGAAUUUCUUCAUGAAAUGUUCUUUUGAUGGUUGUAAUUAUAUUGUUUAGCAUUAUUGGUUAGUUCUAUUUACAAUCGUACGAACAAAAUAUACGACGGUAUAUUUGAACUUGAUAUAAAAUGUUGCAUUGUUACGCCAAAGUAUAAGCUAUUGAAAAAAGAUUGCGGUUUGUAUGAUACUGUUUUGUAGGAAUCGUCUUAUUUCUUAUGUGUUGAUAUAGUUGUUCUUGUUAUCGUUGCAUUAUUAUUUUAUAAAUUACAAGCGUACACGUCUGGUGGUUAUUUUGCGUUAUUAAUUGCCAGAUGAAAUUGAAUGCACAUCUUGAUUAUCCGGACAUAAACCUUGUAUUAAUUUUAAAAGUAAAUGCGCUUUCACGUCGUUCGUUAGUUUAAAUAUUCGGAAUUACAUGAUUUUGGGGAAACUAAUUUUUUUCAUUUCUACCUGUGUGUAUAUAGGCAAUCAUAAUAUAGAAAAUUACAUAGCAUGCCCAUGUUAAAAUAAGUAUGUUGUCAUGACAUGUUAAUAUGUCCAACAGGGUAAGGGAAUCAUUGCAUUAGCGCCAAAAAUUGCAUAGUCACGCAAAACUUAAAAGCACACACAACCGUUAUUACUUUUAUUGUAAUGUAAAAAUAAAUGUUACUACUUUGCAAUAUUUGCAUUUAGAGCCCAAUAUGAUAUGUUUACUAUGAAUUUGUGAUUGAAAUGAAUAUUAGUUCAUUCCUUUCAAAAAAGUAAGGAGUGUAUUGAUUGCUUUGCAUUUAAUUAUUAUAUUUCUACAAACUAUGUUUAUAAAUAAACAAUGUCAAGUAACAAUAAUUAAGUACUUAAAUCAGUGCAAUAAAUAUUUACGGCGAUUUCUUUAUAAAUAUGAUUAAUAUGUCAAUGUAUCUAUUCAUCGAUGUUGAAAAAAAUACAUAAAUAUAA